CGAGAUGCUUCAGAGUUGAGUAGGUAGUUAUGGCGAGAAUGAUCUGGAGAGCUGAAGAAGAAAGAUUUUUCUCCCUCCAAAAAUCUUCUUCUUCUUCUUCGUCUCUCUAUAAAUUACGAAAUGUCUUCAGAUAUUUCACCACUCACAGCAAAAAAAAAAAAAAAAAAAAAAACAAUCUAAGAAGAAAUUUGUGGAUCGCUUUGGUGGAUUUUCGUCGUGAUUCUGCUACGAAGACUCGAAUCGGUUCUCUUUUGCUGCAGCUGUUGUUAUUGGGAAUUUUGGUUUAAUUGAGGUUGAUCAAAGAUGAUGCCUAUGUACGUGAACUCAUCACAGCCAGGCCAAAUGAGACCACAAGGAGGAUGCUGUUACGAAGGCUUUGGGAACUAUCCUCAUCACGUGACAAUGGAUGCUUCAUCUCCCGCCUCGUGUGAACAUUGGCCUACUCAGUCACCUUGUUAUGGAAGCUGCGUUCACGGCAACUUUCCUGCCUACAGUCCGUACUGGCCUCCUACUCCUUGUUAUCCCCCACAAGCGCCUUAUCAUACAUGUUGGAUGAACCAUCAUCCUCAGACUCCUCCUUGCUACGUUCAUCAGCCGUUUCCUGUUGGUUAUCAACAUGGGUUUGAGCCUGAGAAGAAUCGAUGUACAAAGUGUUCUUCCCAGAUAUCUUCCCCGAAGAAUGGCACUGGUGUUGUUAUUGAAGAGCAUGAGCCCGAGACUGAGAAACGAAGAGACAAUGGAGAGGCUGUUAAUGAUGUCCGUUCCACCAACUAUCCUUAUCCCAUUGUAUGGAUACCUCAUGAGAACGCUAGGAAACAAGAGCAUGGAAGCCAGAAGCAACCUCCUGCUCAGAUUAAAGCUCCGGAGAGUGAGAGUACGAAGGUGCAGAAAGCUGAUCCUAAGUCUUGGAAUGGUUGUUUCCCAUUAGACGAGAACACCAUCAAGUCGUUGAUUCAAAAUCAAGACAGGAAUAAGCUGCAGAACGGGGAACUACCUUUUGAUAUCAACAAGCUGAAAUCCUUACUGCAGGGUCAGGGUCAGGGACAGGGACAGGGACAGACCCAGAGGAGCAAAGAUCCGGGACAGCUUCAGUAUCCUAUCUUUUGGAUACCAUCUCAGGGGAAACAGGAAGAUGUUGAAGCGUCUGAGAAAAAAGAGCGUGGCAACGAAGGGUCUGACUUGAAGUCUGUCUCCCCUGAUCAUCUAAACAACGGUCAAUGCGACAACAGGAACGUUGUGGGCAAUGCAGUCUCGGAUGCGGAGGAGAAAAGUCUCGUGAGAAACAUCCCGGUGGAGAGCUAUAAAGAACCAACAAGUAUUCCUGUCAAGCUGUUAGAAAACCAUCCUCCAGAACCAGCCAGGAGUAUUGUGAAGACAGAGCCAGCUGAAGACGCAAGAAAAGGGCAGCGUUCGUCUCCACCAAAAGCAUCUAGGUUGCCUCCGGUUUGUCUGCGUGUUGACCCGUUGCCGAAGAGGAGAAGUGGUGGUUCCAAGUCUCUUAGCCCUCCUAGACGGAAGGAACAAACCUUAACGUCAGAACAGACCAAGGUUGCUUCUCCGCUGAACUCUAAGAUGGUUGAAACAAGGACCAUUCCUGAAUCAUGUAAUGUAGAAUAUGAAGAGGCAAACAAGGAAAAUAAUACGUCUGAGGGAUACCCGAAGCCAGCAGGAACAGAAAAAGAACCAGUUGAAACCAAAUCUGAUCUGCAAGGUGUGAACUGUGAGAUCGUUAAACCUUGUGAAGCUAAGGAGAAUGAAGAGAAGCCUGCAAAGAAGACCUUCUCAGAAGAGGAAGCUACUAAAAUCAUCCAAUCUAGAUACCGCGGAUAUGAUGUAAGAAGAUGGGAGCCAAUUAAGAAACUGAAGGAGAUAGCCACUGUUCGGAAGCAGAUGAGUGAUGUUAAAAAGCGUGUUCAGGCGCUAGAACUAUCCGCUGAUCAGCACACUGACGGAAAGGAGAUCGUAGUUCUGGGUGAAAUGGUGAUGAGCCUUCUAUUAAAACUUGAUUCUGUCCAGGGCUUGCAUCCUAGUAUUAGAGAUUAUAGAAAAUCUUUGGCUAGAGAGCUCUCGGACAUGCAGGAGAACAUUGACUCCUUGAAAACGAUUAGUGUGGAAAAAGAACAAGUAGAUACUACCUCACAGACCAGUGAUCCUCUUGUGAACUUGGAGGAACGUCAGCUUGCAGAAGAGAACAAAAUGGUAUCUGAUUCGAAUACGGAGAAGGAUUGUCCUGCUUCUUCCGAGGAACAUCUUACGAGUCUCAAGAACACCACAGAUGGACAGCUGGUGGCUGAAGCAGAAGAAGUAACUGGGUUGUCUGAAACCUUAGCGACGGAUCCUGAGCCAGCGUCUGAAACAGGCGUGUGUGAAGCGGACUCGACAACCAUUCCAGAGAAAAUUGAAGCGCCUGAGGCUAUGACAGUGACGAAUGAGGAAGACAAAGUCAUGGUCAAGAAGUUGGAGGAGCCGUUUCCUGAAUUGCAACAAGAGGUGGAAACGACCCUUGGCUCGGAAAAUUCUUCCGAGGUUUCUGAAACUGUGGCCAACGGUUCUGAGAAUGGCGACAUAAAGAGAGACGAUGAUUCCGUAUUGUCUUCAGAGAAAAUUGAAGCGGUCGAGACUGUUCAACCAGUCAAUUCAUCGUCAGCUGAUGAAAAUGAAAUGACAGUAACCACGGUGGAGAAACUGGAGGAUCCCCUGCACGAAUUGCCGCAAGUGGUGGAAGCAACUGGUGGAUCGUAUUUUGAAGGCGUGGACGAAGUCUCUGAAACUGUGGUCAGCGCAUCUGAGAUUGAAGACGGAAAGGGAGAAGACGAUUACGUCUUGCCUUCAGAGGAAAAUGAAGCGGCUGAGACUAUUGGACAAGUCAAUUCAUUGUCAGCUGAUGCCGAUGAAAUGACAGUAACCAAUGUUGACAGAGACCAAGUCAUGGUGGAGAAGCUGGAGGAGCCGCGAGUGGUGGAAACGACAGAUGAACAAGCUUUUGAAGGCCUGGAAAAUGAUACCGAAGUCUCUGAAGCUGUGGCCAAUGCGUCUGAGACUGAAGACAGAAAGGGAGACGAUGAUUCCGUAUGGCCUUCAGAGAAAGAUGUGGAACUGUCUGACCUACCUGUUGGAGUGAUUCAUGAGGAAGUGCAGCUUCUUACACAAGAUUCAUUAUCAUCCCCUGGAGAGGAGAAGACUGUAGUGGACCCGAGCAAGGAGGGGACCAACGUUGACCACUCAUCCACUGGCAUAGGCCAGGGGUCUGAACUUGGGAUGUCAGAAGAAACAAAAAGGCUGAUGGAGGAGAACCAACGAUUCAAGGAAACAGUGGAGACGCUAGUAAAGGCAGGCAGAGAACAACUCGAAGUCAUAUCGAAAUUAACAGGUCGAGUCAAAAGCCUAGAAAAGAAACUGUCACAGAAGAAGAGGACUCAUGUUGGACGCCGUAAACCCAACCGUGGAAAGCAAACAACCAAACCAAUGGCUGCAGGUUGUAUUGAUGUCAUAUAAUGUAAAACAAUUAAUUUUGUGUGCCCUUGUCUCCACGUAUCUUGUAUCCAUCUCUAUAUAAAAGUGUGUUUUUGAAAA